AUUUGGGCAUGAGAGGGUAUUGUUAGAGUGAGAAAGAGUAAUUUGAUGAAAUGAGUGUGUUUUGUUGGCUAAUAAGGAAGAGAGAGAGGAACAUUGAGUUUUCUUGGUCAUUUUGGGGGUAAGUCCCAAGUAGGGCUUGCUAAAUUAAGCAGUUUUUAGAGAGAGAAAGGGUGUUUUUAGAGAGAGAAAGGGUGCUGGAAAGAGGAUUUUCAGUAAAGGCGUGGGAUAGAGAGGGAGAGUAGGGAAGGCAAAGGGAAACAGGUAGCGUUUGCUGAAGGAAAAGCAGAUUUAGAGAGAGAAAGAGGGAGAUGGGAGCUUAGGAAAAGUGGAGUGAGAAAAUACUCAAGAUUGUAUGUUAGGGAGUCCAGAAUGCAGCUAGUGAGAAGAAAGAGGGAGUUAGAGAGAGAAAGAGAGAGUUAGAGAGAGAGAAGAAAGAGGGAGACUUGGCGAGAAGAAGAGAAGUGGGAGCCGGCGUGAGAUUGACAGAAGCUGUUGCUUUUUUAGUGAGAGAGAGAGUUUUAGAGAGAGAGAGAGAGAAGGGGCGCUGUUACUCCAUGAACAAGCUGGUUUUUGCUUGCACGAUUGGGCUUAUGAGGCUGCUUCCUUCUUAAGGGGACCCCUUACUCCCAUGGAUCUGCUUCCCCAAAUCCCCACUCUCUGACAACAGUCCCCCACUUUUUCUCUCUAAGCCAAACCCCACUUUCCACCGUCACUUUCUCUCUCUACCCUAAACGUCCCAGUUCCUCUCCCAAUCGCCCCUCUUCGCUGUCUACUGCCCUAGCCCCAUCUCUCUCUUUCUGCCCCACACCAUGAAAAACCCAACUUGCUCAGUGUGCCAAAUGGCCUACGACGAGGGCGAGCGCACACCGAUGCUGCUCCAUUGUGGGCAUGGCUUCUGCCGGGAUUGCUUGACGCGCCUCUUUGCUGCCUCCUCUGACCACUCUCUGUCCUGCCCGCGGUGCCGUCACCCCACCACUGUUGGCAACUCAGUUGAAACCCUAAAAAAGAAUUUCCCCGUUCUCUCUCUAAUUCAUGAUGGCCAUGACUUCUCUGAUGAGGAGGACCCUGGCCCGGACCGGCCCCCUGCUGGCUCAAUUUGUUGCUCUCCAGGCCGGCCCCUUGAUUUAGCAGUUCAUACUCUAAGGUUAACCCAGAGACUCGGCGAGGGUCGAAGGGCUGAGACGUGGGCUGGUGUGCUCGUGGGCUCGGGGGGUGGAUGCAAGCACAAGGUGGCGGCUAAGUUUGUGGAGGAGGACUCGGUGUGGGUGCAGGGACGGCUCGAGGGGUUGCAUCGGGUGUCAAUGUGGUGUCGGAAUGUGUGCGCAUUUCAUGGGUCUGUGAGGGUUGAUGGGAGGCUGUGUGUGGUGAUGGAUAGGUAUGAUCGGUCGGUGCAGUCGGAAAUGAGAAGGAAGGGGAGGCUCACUCUUGAGCAGAUACUGAGAUAUGGGGCGGAUAUUGCACGUGGGGUGGCAGAACUUCAUGCAGCGGGCAUUGUUUGUAUGAAUUUGAAACCAUCCAAUCUUCUUUUGGAUGCCAGUGAUCAUGCCGUUGUCUCUGAUUUUGGGCUUCCCGAAAUUUUGAAGAAACCACUGUGUCGUAAAGCUCGAUGCGUCCCAGAGGAUGACGCAUCAAGAUUGCAUUCUUGUAUGGACUGCACCAUGCUUAGUCCACAUUAUACAGCCCCUGAAGCAUGGGAACCAAUAAAGAAGUCCUUGAAUUUUCUUUGGGACGAAGCCAUUGGUAUAUCUGCUGAGUCGGAUGCCUGGAGUUUUGGCUGUACACUUGUGGAGAUGUGCACUGGUUCUGUCCCGUGGGCUGGGCUAGGUUCAGAGGAAAUUUAUAAGUCAGUUAUGAAACUCCGAAGACAGCCUCCUCAAUAUGCAAGUGUCGUGGGUGUUGGGAUCCCCAGAGACCUCUGGAAGAUGAUUGGUGAAUGCCUGCAGUUUAAAGCUUCGAAGAGACCAACUUUCCAUGCAAUGUUGGCAACUUUUCUUCAUCAUUUACAAGAGAUACCUCGAAGUCCUCCAGCUAGCCCUGAUAAUGACCUGGUGAAGGAUUGUAGGACAAAUACUGCAGAGCCGUCUCCUUCAUCUGUUUUAGACUUUGUCCAAGACACCCCUAGUAGCCUUCAUCGUCUUGUAUCCGAAGGUGACGUUGAUGGUGUUAGAGACUUGCUUGCAAGAGCUGCCUCUGAAAACAAUCGAAAUUCGAUCGGUUUCUUAUUAGAAGGGCAAAAUGAUGAUGGCCUAACUGCUCUCCAUUUGGCUUGUAAGAGGGGUUGUGCAGAACUCGUUGAAGCUAUCUUGGAGUACCAAGAGGCAGAUGUUGAUGUAUUGGAUAAGGAUGGGGACCCCCCAAUUGUGUAUGCUCUAGCUGCGGGGUCCACGGAAUGCCUACGAGCUCUCAUCCGAAAAUCAGCUAAUGUUAGUGCAAGGCUCAAAGAAGGGAUGGGUCCAUAUGUUGCUCAUGUUUGUGCUUUCCAUGGUCAUCCAGAUUGCAUGCGUGAGUUGCUUUUAGCUGGGGCUGAUUCCAAUGCAGUGGAUGAUGAGGGUGAAACUGUGUUGCACAGAGCCAUUGCAAAAAACCACACGGACUCUGCCAUUGUUAUUCUGGAAAAUGGGGGCUGUAGUUCAAUGAGCAUCACAAAUUCGAAGAAUUUGACACCAUUACACAUGUGCAUAACAACAUGGAAUGUUGCUGUUGUGAAAAAAUGGGUGGAGGUUGCUUCCCAAGAAGAGAUUUAUGAUGCAAUUGAAAUACCCAGUUCUGUUGGAACGGUAUUGUGUAUGGCGGCUGCUUUAAAGAAAGACCAUGAAACGGAAUGCAGAGAUUUGGUCAGGCUCUUGCUUGGUGCUGGAGCAGAUCCAAGUGCCCAGGAAUUACAGCAUGGGAGAACAGCUUUACAUACUGCCGCAAUGGCCAAUGAUGUAGAAAUGGUUAAGAUUAUUUUGGACGCUGGAGUUGAUGUGAACAUCAGGGAUGGACAUGAUAUGAUACCUCUCCACGUUGCAUUGGCUAGAGGUGCAAAAUCAUGCGUCGGAUUACUUUUGUCUAGGGGAGCAAACUGUAAUUUACAGGAUGAUGAAGGUGAUAAUGCUUUCCAUAUAGCAGCCGAUAUGGCAAAGAUGAUAAGAGAAAAUCUGGAAUGGAUAGUUGUCAUGCUGCAACAGUCAGAUGCAGCUGUUGAUGUUCGAAACCACAGUGGUAAAACUCUUCGGGACUAUUUGGAGGCUCUUCCUCGAGAAUGGAUAUCUGAAGAUCUUAUGGAUGCACUUACAAAUAAGGGAAUUCAGUUAUCCCCAACUAUAUUUGAUGUAGGAGAUUGGGUGAAGUUUAAAAGAAGUGUGAAGACCCCAGCCUUUGGAUGGCAAGGUGCAAAGCAUAACAGUGUGGGUUUUGUCCAGCGUGUACCAGAUAAAGACGCACUAGUUGUAUCAUUUUGCUCUGGAGAGGCUCGUGUUUUGGCAAAUGAGGUUAUUAAGGUGAUUCCUCUUGACAGGGGACAGUAUGUGCAACUGAAAGCAGAUGUGAAAGAGCCCAGAUUUGGGUGGCGAGGUCAAUCUCGUGAUAGCAUUGGAACCGUUCUCUGUGUCGAUGAUGAUGGGAUCCUUCGGGUAGGAUUUCCUGGAGCUUCUCGAGGAUGGAAGGCUGACCCUGCAGAGAUGGAAAGAGUUGAGGAAUUCAAGGUGGGAGAUUGGGUCCGAAUUCGGCCCUCUCUAACAAGUGCAAAACAUGGGUUGGGACCUGUAACCCCUGGUAGCAUUGGUAUCGUUUAUUACAUAAGACCUGAUAAUAGCUUGUUGCUUGAACUGAGCUACCUACCAAAUCCAUGGCAAUGCGAGCCAGAGGAAGUUGAGCCUGUUGAACCAUUCAGGAUAGGCGACCAAGUCUGUGUGAAAAGGUCCAUUGCAGAGCCACGAUAUGCAUGGGGUGGAGAAACCCAUCACAGUGUAGGAAGGAUAAGUGAGAUAGGGAGCGAUGGUUUGCUCAUAAUUGAUAUUCCAGGGCGACCUAUUCCAUGGCAAGCUGAUCCUUCAGACAUGGAGAAGGUGGAGGACUUCAAGGUUGGAGAUUGGGUGAGAGUGAAAACUUCAGUACCAUCUCCAAAGUAUGGGUGGGAAGAUGUUACCAGAAACAGUAUUGGAAUAGUCCAUAGCAUAGACGAGGAUGGGGAAAUGGGUGUGGGUUUUUGCUUUCGGAGCAAACCUUUCUCUUGCUCAGUCACAGACAUGGAGAAGGUCCCGCCCUUUGAAGUCGGGCAAGAGAUUCACAUUGCGCCUUCUAUCACACAGCCCCGACUUGGAUGGUCUUCCGAGACCCCGGCCACGACUGGGAAAAUUGCAAGGAUUGACAAGGAUGGAACCCUAAAUGUUCGGGUUCUCGGAAGGGCCAGCUUUUGGAAAGUUGCGCCAGGGGACGCUGAGCGACUAUCUGGGUUUGAAGUGGGUGACUGGGUCCGGCUAAAGCAGAGCCUUGGCACCCGGCCCAGCUACGACUGGCAUGGUAUUGGCAAGGACAGCUAUGCGGUGGUGCACAGUGUCGGGGACACAGCCUACCUCGAGCUCGCCUCCUGCUUCAGGAAGGGCCGGUGGGGUGUCCACUACAAUGAUGUUGAGAAAACAUCCUGCUUCAAAGUAGGACACCACGUCCGGUUUCGACCUGGCCUCUCUGAGCCCCGAUGGGGGUGGCGUGGCGUGGGUCCUGAGUCCAAGGGUGUUGUGGUGGCUGUGCAUGCAGAUGGCGAAGUGCGCGUGGCCUUUCCUGAGCUUUCUGGGCCUUGGAAGGGUGACCCCUCUGACUUCGAGAAAGAAGAGAUUUUCGAAGUUGGAGAAUGGGUUCGGAUUCGAGAUGAUGCCACAGAACCAAGGAAUGGAUGGAGAUCUUUGAGGCCUGGAAGUGUUGGGAUAGUGCAAGGCUAUGGAGAAGCCAUGGCGAAUAACGGGGAGGUUGAAAAGACAGUGUUGGUGGGGUUUUGUGGGGAACAAGAGAGAUGGGAGAGCUCUCAGAGUGAGCUCGAGAGAGUGGAGCCUAUUACAAUUGGACAAAAAGUAAGGGUCAAGGGGUGGGUGCGGCAGCCGAGAUUUGGAUGGUCGGGAAAUAGUCAUGCAAGUGUGGGCACAGUGGUAGGGGUUGAUGCUGAUGGUAGACUUAGGGCAUAUACUGGAGCUGGGGGGAAACAAUGGGCUUUGGACCCAGCAGAGGUGGAGACAGUGGAAGAAGAGGUCUUGCGUGUGGGUGAUUGGAUUAGGGUUCGGGACUCGGUAGAGACCCCUGUGCACCAAUGGGGUUCAGUGACACGCUCGAGCAUCGGUGUUGUAUAUAAAAUGGGGGAGGGAGAAAAUGGGGGUGAGCUAAGAGUAGCAUUUUGUUUUGUGGAGAGGUUGUGGGUUUGUCGGGCUGAGGAGGUGGAGAGAGUGAGGGCUUUUAGGGUUGGGGAUAAAGUUAGAAUAAGGAGUGAGGUUGUAGCGCCAAGGUGGGGUUGGGGUAUGGAGACGUAUGCGAGUAGAGGAGAGGUUAUGGGGGUGGAUGCUAAUGGGAAGCUGAGGAUUAGGUUUAAAUGGAGGGAAGGGAGGCUUUGGGUCGGAGACCCUGCUGAUAUUGAGCUUGAUACGGAUUUGCCUACCACCUAGUGAAUGGAGAGAGACUUAUUUAUUGUUCGUGUUCAUGAGAUGGAGGGCUCGAGUCCACAGUUUCUCAUUCGCCCUACUUCAUUUGUGACCUCUCUCUCUCUCUCUCUCUACAUGCUAUAUGAAGAGGGGCCAAGAAGGGGAUCACAGUUGAAUGUGGCAGGGUUCUUGUACCAAUAGAUGUAUCAUUUGAAAUUCUGCCCUGGUGGGAUUGGUGAAUUAUUUGUUGUGUAUAAUAGUCUCUCCCUCUCUCAGCAGGCGUUUGUAAAAAUUAAAGGGACCUAUAGAGUCCCUAGACAAUGAUAUUGAAAGUUUUGAUCAUCUGUUCA